AGUCGCCAUGAAGGAAUUGCUAGAGGCAAGAUGGUGGUCAAGACAAACGAACCUGGAGUUGGCUGAGACACAAACUGUUGUUUAUAGAGCAUUGGUUUCCUUUUAAUUGACAGAAUAUCUACAAGGAUCCCAGCGCACGUUUAUUAGGCGUCGGGAUAUACGGUUAAAUGUUGUGAGGUGGCAAUGGCAGGUCGGCGGGAGGAGUGCUUGUGGAAGAAGCACAUCGCGGAGCAGCUCAAGCUGCGGGACCGCGUCCAGAGGCAGGCCUUCGAGGAGAUCAUCCACCAGUAUAAUCGUCUUCUUGAGAAGUCUGACCUACAAGCCGUGCUCUCUGAGCGACUGCAGCCAGAUAAAUAUGACCAUCAGAAUCGACACGACCUCAGUCCGGGGUCGGACGCCAGUCGCAAUGACGCCCUGCAUCAGGAAAUGGCCCAGAUGCGCAUCAAGCACCAGGAGGAGCUCACUGAACUGCACAAAAAGCGUGGAGAGCUUGCCUCGAGUGUGAUUGAACUGAACAACCAGAUUCAGUUGAAGGACAAAGAGAUCCAGAGCAACGAGGCCAAGAUGCUGGAGUAUCAGCAGCAGAUCUCUGAGCUGGAGGGCGAGUGUCGCGAGCUGCGGAGUCAGCUGCAGGACCUGGAGCGGGCCAAUCAGACGCUGAAGGACGAGUACGACGCCCUGCAGAUCACCUUCAGCGCGCUGGAGGAGAAGCUGCGGCGCACCCUCGAGGACAACCAGGAGCUGGUCUCGCGCUGGAUGGCCGAGAAGGCCCAGGAGGCCAACCGCCUCAACGCCGAGAAUGAGAAGGACUGCAGGCGCAGGCAGGCCAAGCUGCAGAAGGAGCUGGCGGACGCUGCCAAGGAGCCCUUGCCUAUCGACCCGGAUGAUGACAUAGAGGUCCUGUCUGAGGAUGCUGGUGGGAAGGGGCCAGGUGAGGCCUCCCCUAACCGACCCCUCAGCCGCACGCCCAGUAAACGCAUAUCCCAGCCUCCCCCUGGUGGUAUUAUGGACUCCAUCACCAACAUAUUUGGCCGCACUGAGUGUACGCAGCCUGGAUACCCCCCAUCUUACUCCAGCAGGCGUCGCUCGGUGAACUCGUUCGGGACGUCCCCGGAGAACACGGAGACGGCCAGCGGAGGGUCUGUGGACGUCCGGGUGCCCUCCACCGCCCUCCACAUAUUUGACGCCCAUGAUGGGGAGGUGAACGCUGUGCAGUUCAGUCCAGGCUCCCGCUUGCUGGCCACUGGAGGAAUGGACCGCAGGGUCAAACUCUGGGAGGUCGUCUCAGGUCGAUGUGAGCCGAAAGGAGCUCUGACAGGCAGCAAUGCUGGCAUCACCAGCAUCGAGUUCGACAGCGCUGGUUCCUAUCUGCUGGCCGCCUCCAAUGACUUUGCCAGUCGGAUCUGGACUGUAGAUGACUACAGGCUGAGGCAUACACUCACAGGCCACAGUGGGAAAGUGCUUGCAGCGCGUUUCCUGCUGGACAACGCUCGCAUCGUCUCCGGGAGCUACGACCGCACCCUCAAACUCUGGGACCUGCGCAGCAAAGUCUGCAUGAAAACCGUGUUUGCGGGCUCCAGCUGUAAUGACAUCGUCUGCACUGAGCAGUGUGUCAUGAGUGGCCAUUUUGAUAAGAAGGUCCGCUUCUGGGACAUCAGGGCGGAGAGUAUAGUGUGUGAGCUGGAGCUGCAGGGCAAGGUCACGUCGCUUGACCUGAACCACGACCGGACCGAGCUGCUCACCUGCUCUCGUGACGACCUGGUGAAGAUCAUCGAUCUGCGAAACAACGCCGUUCGACAGACCUUCAGUGCUCAGGGCUUUAAGUGUGGUUCAGACUGGACCAGAGUGACCUUUAGUCCGGAUGGAAGCUACAUCGCAGGCGGUUCUGCUGAAGGAACCCUGUAUGUGUGGAACGUCCUCACAGGAAAGCUUGACCGGACUCUGGACAAAGGCCACAGCUCUGCGGUCAACUCUGUGUCCUGGUCCCCUUCUGGCACUUACGUGGUGAGCGUGGAGAAGGGCAGCAAGGCCGUGCUCUGGUCCGACAUGUGAUUGUCCGCCGUGCGCGACGGGCCAACUUACGAUCGACGCCGCUCAACUCCAGCCCAAGCGCCGUUGGGCGUAGAGACUAUUUAACCUGGAAGCAGACGUUGGCGUGAAGCCGUCUCACAUGUUGCUGCCUCCUGGCUUGUUGUGAUUGGACCCCUGGUGUUCUGAUUGGACCCCUGGUGUUCUGAUUGGACCCCUGGUGUUCUGAUUGGACCCCUGGUGUUCUGAUUAUCUAAAGGCGGCUGAAUCGUCUCAUGAGUGAAAUGAAGGCCUAGUUGGAGUGAUGGAAGAGGCGGCUAGAGUUGGGUGGUGGUUGUUUAACUCCUUCUCUUACACACAUACACACACACACCAGUAUGCAGUAUGUGAUAUCUACCAAUAUAUAUUACACACAGCAUACUGUCUUUGAUGAAAAGGACACCGGACUUAUUUUUUCCCUCCUGUUUUAUUUGCCAUUUCAGAUAUACAGGCAGUGUUCUACUGCAUCUGUCCUGUAAAACCAUGUCUGAUUUGCGUGUCAAUAGUUUUACACUGCUUAAUGUGGCCAUGGCUCUUAACACUGUGUGUGUGUGUGUGUGUGUGUGUGUGUGUGUGUGUGUGUGUGUGUGUGUGUGUGUGUGUGUGUGUGUGAAAAAUAUGGUGAGGCUGAUGGUGAAUGUGUGGGUGAAGCAUGUUCAUUCCCUUUUGUAUGUUAAUGAAUAGUAAAAAAGUGUGUGUGUGUGUGUGAGAGAGAAUGUUGUGUGUGUGCAUUUGUCCUGUGGUCUUUGAAGUCACUUGUACUCUGCCUUAAUCAGAUAGUAACGGUUACCUCCCUAUUGAGGUCAGUCAACUACGUCCUUACCACAACACACACACACACCCUGGUCCCACUUUCCCCAUAUCUGGCAUGUGUGUGUUUACAGUCUCAGUUGCCCAGCUUAAAGAAACGUGUGUUAUCCUUUUGCCAUGUCGGGCUUUCCUUCGUUCCUGCUUCUAGUGGGCUCCCUCAAAGGCAGCACUUUAUAAAAGCUCAACUUUUGACAGCAGUGUGCUGCUACUCCUGUGGAUCUUAAGCUCUUGUCACUCACAGGUGUGUGUGAAGCUGGUGAUGUCUGUGCUAACCUGUAGGUGGGGGUAGCACUGUGCUGACUUGCCAAACAAAUGGGAAGUUUAUGAACGGAUGUAUAAGAGUUGAGCAACGCAAAUAGAUUUGAUUGUAGUGCUUUCGAUCUAUGGCCUGUCAAAGUUGGAAGGAACCCAAUGUAAUCGCAGUCGAAGAAUGGACUUAUGCUUGACUAUGAAGUGUGAAAAGCCAUUUUUCCCCUUCUAAUUGAUGAGCCCAUUAACUGUGGAAGAGAAGGCUAUGGCAAUUUAAUCUUUUAAAAAUCUUUAAAACCAUACAAAAAAUGAAACCGUACAGUAAGUCUUAAGUCAAACCAGAGAGGAAUUUAUUAACUCUGCAUCAAGUUGUGCAUUGGGUAAGGCAGUGGUGUGUGUUUUAUGCACCUGUGUCAGGUGAGGAGGUAAUGCACAGCUUCAGAUACGACAGGCCAGCCCUGACUGACAGUAACAUGCUGAUAGAUUAUUUGUUAAGGUUAUAGCCUGCUGUCUCCGAUUUUUGGCAGAACACCAAGGAUAAAGAAAAUGUUGGACUCCGCCACCCUGCCUUUUCAGGCGAUGUGCACAAUGGUGUUAGGCUUUUGUUCAUUUUUUAAACAUGUUUCUUCAAUAGCCUUUAGCUUUUAAGGCACAAGUCACAAAUACUCAAUGCCACCACAUCCUACAGGCAAAUUUGCAUAUCAUGGCUCUACAACACUGCAUGACCUUUAUAAGAAAACGGGGGGAAAAAACUAUUUGCUGUGACAUCACACACACACACUCACUCAAUCAGAGAAUGGGAGUAGGGUCAGAGCAGCUGUUGACCACCAGUAAAACACUCCCGCCCCCAACUUGACUAGCCUCCCGCCAUUGGCAAAAGGAUUGUAUAACUUUUAAGUUAUGACAAAUGUAUAUGAAAUAUCCUCUGUAUAUGUAUGUUCAAUGUAUGCACACCAAUGAAAAGUGUGAGCUCAGUU